AUAAGUUCUAAGAGUAACUGUUUCUUGUAAUUUAAAAUAGUGUUUGCAUUAUUAAUUACUUGAGAUUCUAUGUGACGAAGUUAUAUUAGAAAACGGUUCAUUAUAACGAAGUGUAACUAAAUAUAACCAGAGCAAACAAUGUCAUCAUUUAAUUUGAACGAUUUGGGAGAUCAAUUGAAAGAUGUUACUCAAAAUAACGCCGGCGUCGGAGUAUCUUUUACAAAAAAAUCCCUUAAACAGUAUUCUGAAGUAGACGCGUUAGAAAUAGUUAAUGCAAUACGUACCUGCAAAAAUAUGGAGUAUUUAGAUUUGGAAGGCAACACUUUUGGACUAUUUGCUGCAGAAGCUAUGGCUCGAGCAUUGGAAGAAAAUGGUUCUCUAUUAAAACGUGUCCUUUGGAAAAAUAUAUUUUCUGGUUGUACAAAAACAGAAAUACCAAAAACACUUGAAUAUCUUGGUUCAGCUUUAUGUAAUGCUGGUACUCAACUCUAUGAACUUGACUUAAGUGAUAAUGCUUUUGGCCCAAAUGGUAUUCAAGGAUUAGUCAAUUUUUUUACAUCUAGUUCGUGCUAUACUCUUCGUGUGUUAAGACUAAAUAAUAAUGAACUUGGAAUAUCAGGUGGUAAAAUGUUGGCAAAAGCAUUAUUAGAUUGCUAUGAUAAUAGUCAUAAAGCAGGAACACCCCCCUUAGCAUUGAAAGUAUUUGCUGCUGGAAAAAAUGCACUUGAAAAUGAAGGUGCAAAAGCAUUAGCAACUUUUUUUCACAAAUUAACCAGUUUAGAAGAAGUUGUUAUGUCUCAAAAUGGUAUAUAUCAUCAAGGCAUAACAGAAAUUGCUAAUGGUUUAUCAUCUAACCAUGGGUUAAGAAUUUUAAAUCUUAAUGAUAAUAUAAUUGGACUUAAAGGAGCUCAAUCUCUUGCCAUAGCAUUACCACAUUUCCAAAAUUUAGAACAACUUAAUCUGGGAGAUUGUCUAAUUAGAACGCAAGGCGCUUUAAUUUUAGCGGAAGCGUUAGAAGUCAAAGGCAGCUAUCCUUCGCUCACUGUACUUAAUUUAAGUUACAAUCAAAUUCGUACAAAGGGUGCUGGUCCGAUAGCUCGUGCCGUGGCUGAUAAAGAACAUCUAUCAACUCUAGAAUUGAAUGGAAAUGCUUUUGGCACAGGUGGUUGUGAAAUUUUACGUAAUAGUCUUAGAGCUUCUGGAAGAAUUGAAUCAUUAUGUACAUUAAGCAUUGAUGAUAGCGAUGCCGAAACUGAAGAAGAAAGUGAAGAUGAUGAUGAAGAUGAGAACAAAGAUGAAGACAAAGAUGAAAAUAAAGAUGAAAUCAAAGAUGUUAACGGAGUAUCUUUUGCGAAGAAAUCCCUUAAGCUAGAUACUGAAGAAGACGCAUUGGAAAUAGUUGAAGCAAUACGAGCAUGCAAACAGUUGGAGUACUUAGAUUUGGAAGGCAACACUUUAGGGCCACUUGCUGCAAAAGCUGUGGCUCAAGCAUUAGAAGAAAAUGGUUCUUUAUUAAAACGUGCCCUUUGGAAAGAUAUGUUUACUGGUCGUGUAAAGUCAGAAAUACCAAGAGCACUUGAAUUUCUUGGUUCAGCUUUAUGUAAUGCUGGUACUCAACUCUAUGAACUUGACUUAAGUGAUAAUGCUUUUGGUCCAAUUGGUAUUCAAGGAUUAGCCAAUUUCUUGACAUCUAGUUCGUGUUAUACUCUUCGUGUAUUAAGAUUAAAUAAUAAUGGACUUGGAAUAUCAGGUGGCAAAAUGUUGGCAAAAGCAUUAUUAGAUUGCUAUGAUAAUUGUCAUAAAGCAGGAGCACCUCCCUUAGCAUUGAAAGUAUUUGUUGCUGGAAGAAAUAGACUUGAAAAUGAAGGUGCAAAAGCAUUAGCAGCUGUUUUUCACAAAUUAACUAGUUUAGAAGAAGUUGUUAUGCCUCAGAAUGGUAUAUAUCAUCAAGGCAUAACAGAAAUUGCUAAUGGUUUAUCUUCUAACCUUGGGUUAAGAAUUUUAAAUCUUAAUGAUAAUACAGUGGGAUUUAAAGGAGCUCAAGCUAUUGCCAAAGCAUUACCAAAUUUCCAAAAUUUAGAACAGCUUAAUCUGGGAGAUUGUCUAGUCAGAACUCAGGGUGGUUUAAUUUUAGCGGAAGCGUUAAGAGUCAAAGGCAGUUAUCCUUCGCUCACUGUACUUAAUUUAAGUUACAAUCAAAUUCGUACGAAAGGUGCUGGUCCGAUAGCUCUUGCAGUGGCUGAUAAAGAACGUCUAUCAACUCUAGAAUUGAAUGGAAAUGCUUUCGGCGCAGGUGGUUGUGAAAUUUUACGUAAUAAUCUUAGAGUUUCUGGAAGAAUUGAUUCAUUAAGUACAUUAAUUGAUGAUAGCGACGCUGAAACUGAAGAAGAAAGUGAACCUAACGAUGAAGAUGAAAACGAAGACGAAGACGAAGACGAAGACGAAGAAAAAAGUAGUGAAAGUGAAAAUGAAAGCAAGGAAAAUAGAGCUGAUAAUGAAACAAUAGUAAAUGGCAAUGUAAUGCUAUCAAAUGUAUUCAUCUUAGAUUUUUUAAAAUCACCAACAGGAGAGAAGUUAUUAUUACUGCAAAAUGUGGACGUACAAGAUUUCGUUAAUCAUGCCAGAAAUGUAUCAAAAGAUGCAGAUACAUCUUUAGAACUGAAGUUCAUCGAAGAAUUUACAAAAAUAAUUAUGAAAGUCUCAGCAUUAAGUACAAGUGGUUAUGCUGAUGUAAGAUUGAAAUCUCAACAUCUUACAGAUGCUUUAUACUCGAAGCUAUGUUCGUUUGCAGUUGAAAAUGAUCAGAUUUCUGUUUGGAAUAAUGCCCUAUUAGUCAAUUUAGGCUUAAUAAAAGCUGAGGAUAAACGCAGCGGAAAAAUUGAUUGGAAUUUAGAAGGUUGUUUUAAAGCAUUAGAACUAGUUAUACAAAAAGAUUACUUUUUACAUGAAACACGAAAUACGCUAAAAUUCUUUUUAGAAUUACCAGUAAAAACAAAUAGAACAAAAAUUGUGGAUUCGUUUCAAAAUUCAAAAGAUUCUCUUAAAGCCGCUUUAAGUCGUAUACACAGCACGUAA